AUGCUGCGCCAGCUUAAACCCGAACAGAUAUUGACGCCCGUGCCGUCUGACAUCGCUAUUAGUGAUGCUAUUGCACCAUUGAGUAUCACUGAAAUCACUCAAGCCGCUGGAAUCCUACCGGAGGAGGUGAUACCAUACGGAUGGACUAAAGCCAAAAUCUCGUUAAGCGUACGUGAUCGUCUCAAAGACGAACAAAAUGGCAAUUACGUUGUUGUGACGGGUAUUACUCCAACCCCGUUGGGCGAGGGAAAGAGUACAACUACUGUCGGAUUGUGCCAAGCACUAGGCGCGCACCUUGACAAGAAGGCAUUUGCUUGUAUCCGUCAACCAUCUCAGGGCCCGACGUUUGGUAUCAAAGGUGGUGCUGCUGGUGGAGGCUAUGCCCAGGUUAUUCCCAUGGACGAGUUCAACCUGCACCUAACAGGAGACAUCCACGCUAUCACUGCUGCUAACAACCUUUUGGCUGCUGCUAUUGAUACUCGUAUGUUUCAUGAGAACGCGCAGUCGGAUAAGGCUUUGUUUGGCCGUUUAUGUCCAACGGGCAAGGACGGAUCCCGCAAAUUCUCGCCCGUCAUGUUGAAACGUUUGCAGAAACUUGGACUCACGAAGCUGUCGCCUGAAGACCUUACGGACGAGGAGAUCCACAAAUUCGUUCGUCUUGAUAUCGACCCCGAAACGAUCACAUGGCAGCGCGUCUUGGACACAUGUGAUCGUUUCUUGCGCCAAGUGGUCGUGGGUGCUGGGCCUGCCGAGAAGGGUCAGACACGUAAGACUGGCUUUGACAUUUCGGUGGCCAGUGAGAUUAUGGCCAUUUUGGCCCUUACAACGAGCUUGCAGGACAUGCGCGAACGUCUCGGACGCAUUGUGAUUGGCAUGAGCCGCGGAGGGGAGCCUGUGACGGCUGACGACCUGGGUGUUGGUGGUGCUCUAGCAGUGCUCAUGAAGGAUGCUAUUCUGCCCACUCUCAUGCAAACAGUGGAAGGAACUCCCGUAUUUGUACACGCUGGGCCUUUUGCCAACAUCGCUCACGGUAAUUCUUCCAUCAUCGCUGAUCAAAUUGCGCUAAAGCUUGCCGGGAAGGACGGAUUUGUAGUCACGGAAUGUGGAUUUGGUGCUGACAUUGGCAUGGAAAAGUUCUUUAACAUUAAGUGUCGCACCAGUGGGCUGACACCGCAAUGUGUGGUGCUUGUUUCCACGAUCCGCGCAUUAAAGAUGCAUGGUUGUGGACCCAACGUGGUUGCUGGUAAACCGCUCGAUCCAGUUUACGUUGAGGAGAACCUAGAGAUGCUAAAGCGUGGUUGCGUCAACAUGCAGCACCAUAUUCGCAACGCGUUGAAGUUUGGCGUGGCUGUAGUUGUGGCUGUAAACGUGUUUACCACUGAUUCGCCACGUGAGGUGGAACUUGUCAAGCAGCAGGCACUGGAGGCUGGUGCUAUGGCUGCUGUCGAAAGUACCCACUGGUCUGAAGGAGGCAAGGGAGCAAAGAAGUUGGGUUGUGCUGUCAUUGCUUCCUGCAAGAAAAUGCGUGAACAGAGCAGUCACUUCAAGUUCCUUUACCCGCUAGAAUUUACCAUUGCUGAAAAGUUCGAAGUCAUCUGCAAGGAGAUUUACGGUGCUGACGGUGUGGAGUUCAGCGACGAAGCUAAGAAGAAACUAGCGGUUUAUUCCGAGCGGGGUUACGACAAGCUGCCAGUGUGCUGUGCUAAAACGCACCUGAGUUUGAGUACAGAUUCGACUGCAAAGGGUGUACCCACGGGAUUCUCCAUCACGGUGCGCGACAUUCGGGCCUCGGUAGGUGCUGGCUUUGUUUACCUGCUGUGUGGAGACAUGAUGACAGUACCCGGCCUUCCCACACGUCCAGGCUUCUACGACGUCGACCUGGACACUGAGACGGGUAAAGUCAUUGGGCUGUUUUAA